UUCCUAAUUAGGGCCCGCAGCUAACACCUGUGGAGAGCAUCUCCGGCAGCUCCGAGUACUGACCUGACCUUAACAUGCUCAAGUACUGACCUAAACCUGUUCAGUACUGACCUAAACCUGUUCAAUAUUGACCUAAAAAUGUUCAAAACUCUAACCUGGUUCAUAUAUUUUUUUGUUUUACUUACAAUGACAAAAAGUCAGCGGUACAACUAUGGAGCGAAUCCAUCUCACGUGAAAAAAUGGGAAAACGACGUCUAUGAUCCAGCCCCCAACCCAAACCACCAAAGCGGAGGCCCAGGCGCCACUCCCCGUGCUGUUGUUGUGAGGUGCCGCCCUGACUCUGUGGAGGUUGUCAUUCAGGCGGACAUGUUCAACACGGGCUUGGCGGUCGAUGGCAGCCAUUUACGACUGGGUUUGGAGAAACAAACGAACCCAUAUGCCUGCAGAGCUAUGCCCUCGGGACCGACCGAAUUCACAAUAAGAGCCCAUCUCAUGGAUUGUGGCACUGUCAAACACUCACCAUCAAAAAAGAUUGUCUACUCUAAUGUGCUGGUCUAUGCCCCCAAACCUUCACCUGAGGGCUUACUGAGGCUGGAAGGAGCAACCAUUCCCAUUGAAUGUCAUUACAACAAGUUUUAUUCUGUAAAUUCCUUCCCCUUGUCCCCUGCAUGGACCCCUUUUAAUUUACGAACAACAGCUGAGAGCCAGAUGGAUUUCAGUCUGAGGCUGAUGACUGGUGACUGGCUGUUUGAGAGGGACUCGCAUGCAUAUUAUGUAGGUGAUCCAAUUUAUUUUGAAGCAUCAUCCAUCUUGGGAAACCACAAGCCUCUUCGUGUCUUUGUUGACCAUUGUGUAGCUACUGUAACUCCUGAUGCAGAAGCAACAUUAAGAUAUGACUUUAUUGAUCAUUAUGGAUGCCUUGUUGAUGCCUAUCUAACAAACUCUAGUGCACGAUUUUUAUCAAGAGUGAAGGAUUACAGGAUUCAAUUCCAACUAGAUGCAUUUAAGUUCUACCAGGAAAAUACUAACCAGAUUUAUAUCACUUGUCACCUAACUGCUGUUCCAAUGUUGGUCAAAUCAAAAAGCAGGGCCUGUUCUCUCAUUGCCAAAAGAUGGCGUUCUGCAGAUGGGAAUGAUGACGAUUGUAGGACUUGUGGUAUUCCAUAUCCAGUUAAAGAAACUUCCACUACAGCACCACCAAUUGUCACUUCAACGAGAGGGCGGGGCGAGAAUAAACUUAAACCCCAACCGGCCAAUUACAUGCGAGUCCGCCCAAGAACUCAUCAAAAUAUACAUCCAAAGCCUCCAUCAUCUACCGGGCUAAUGAAGGAAGGGGAGAAAAGAAAAGGGACUCUUAAGAUCGGACCCCUCAUAAUCUUACCUUCUUCAAAAGACCAUCAAAUUUUACCAGACAAAAGGCCAAAUGAACUGGUGACAUCAAAAUGACAUUUUCAAGCAAGUUUUCAAUGAAUUUCCUGUUAUUUUUAUACUUUUAAUUCACUAUUCUUUUACAUUUGGUUCAUUUUAAAUUUCAUUUAGUUUAGUAGUCAAAAUGUUUUUUGUUUUUUUUUCUAUACACCAAUUAACUGGAUUUUUUUUGUGUAAGGUUCUCUAUGAGUUGAUACUUGAUCUUUACUAUUACAGUUUCCAAUAAUCCUUUGGGUGAAGCAAAUGGCUUUGGCAAUCAAUUUAAUUAUCAGUGGUUUUAAGCACUCAAACUUCUCUAAAUCUGUGCCAUUGUACUACUGAGGAAGCGCAUCAUCUCCUUGCCAUUGUAAAUCCCAUUUAACUUGAUAACUACUGUUUUGAAGAGAGAAAAGCAGACAUGCUUUUAGACAGCACUUUUGUCCAUUACAACCCACAAUCUACUCAUUUGCAGUUAUUGAUUAGAUGCUGUGUUAGGCUGCAUCAUAAAAUGAACAUUUCAAACAUGCAGCAUUUUCUUACUUUCUUAUGAUAAGGGAAUAUGUUUCUUUAGGCUGUGUAAAAUGUGUAUAAUCCCAAAACAAAAUGAUUAGCUAUUUGGUUUCUCAGUAUUAAAAAUGAAACAAUCUUCUGUCUAAAGUAAAUUCUCAUGUUUCAUUUCUAAGCCACUCUAUCCUGGUCUGUUUGGUGUAAUCAUCCUAAAUGGACAGUACAGCCUUUUAAAAAGCGCUUAGGCUGUAGUUGACCUUACAUUAUACACAAGCCUAUAUUCAGAUUGCUAAUGGGAAGUGCAUGAGACAGCGCCCUGACUUGGACUUCCUGGGCGUGUGAGUGGCGCUGUCCAUGGUCCUGAAACGUCCCCCUGUGACGUUGGGAAGACUGCUUGUUUUUAACCCGACUCCCACAAUGAAUCACUGCUUAUUCUGGGUUCUCAACAGGACUGGUCGAUCACUUGGGCGCCUGUUUACUUUCAUGGCAUAUAAAUAAGCACGUAUGUUGGACUUAUUGUGUGGACUGACGCCAUCAAAACCUCCGCUAAGUGCAUAAUAUAUCAGACUGGUCCAUUGGCCCAUGACAGCUAGCUUAUUUGCAUAUAAUGUGAACUAGCCUAGUUGGAGUUGUGAGUAAAGGGGCUCAAGAGGUGACUAAGGAUUGACUUUUUGCUGCUUUUUGUUAUCCUCCCGAUGGUCCGAAGUUGCGCAUACUCUUUCCAAUGAACUUGUUAUGACUAUUUCACGAUUCUCGACGUCUUGUGUUUAACAAAGCUGGAUUUAAAGUGUUUUGAGGAUCAUGUUUUCCUACAAAAGCCUAAAUGUUGCGGUGUUGACGCUUGUCUGUUUUACGCGCAAACUUGUUUUCUCGAUACGCAGAUGCGGUCAGAACAUUUGCCGUGAUGACCAAGUGUGCUGCGUGAGAGGGAAUGACACCACCAUAGUGACCUGUUGCAAGGAGCUCGUGGACAGCACUUACUACAACAUCGCUAUGGUCACACGAAAACUUUCUGGUGUUCUCAUCAUGUUACUGCUAUUUGCAUUUGGGUAUUUCGUGCAGAGGAUGUUGUGUUCCCGGUCCAGGCAGCUCUCAGCUCCAUACAACGGUCCCCCAACAGCGGCCGCCUCCCAGGAGAUGCUCAUGGAGAGUUAUACGCCCGAAAACUUGCGAAGCCCAGCCUUGAGCGCCCCAUUACCCUCAUACGAGGAUCUUAAACGGCUUCCGACUUAUGAAGAGACUAUACGUGAGUCCUGCGUACAACA